GAGACAAGUUUGUUCGUUCGUGCGACCAUAAACAAUAAACAAACCCUGAGGGCAGAUUGUUAUAGUAGAACGCUCACCGUGGCUGACUCUUCAAUAUUUCCCUAUUUUCGCAAGAGCCAGGAGGAGUUCUCUCAUGAAUCUUCCAAGUGAGAAUAUUUUGUUGAGGAUGCUUCAUCACUGCAGCAACAUUAAGUGACAGAGAAGGUUCAACAUCUCUAUGGAAGCUUACUCUGCUAGUGUCAUCUGACUUCUCAAUGCCUCACCUACUACCACUGUUACUCCCAGAACAUAGACGAUAUGGUCUGGUGUAGAUCAUUAUUGUUAGGGUCUUGUACCUUGGGUUUCAAGUACUUAGUUUUGCUCCUUAGGGCUAUGAGGAGAUACUGGUGACUCCUGAGCUUGCUGAUAAUUCAUUGCUUAAUUCUGUUUGAGCCAAGUUAGUUGGGCUUUGUGAAAAAUUUGUUUGAGAAAGAUUAUUGGCAUUUGCCAAUUUUUUUUUUUUUAAUAAUCUCUAGAAACACAAAUUAAAAUGCCUACAGAGAGCCUUGGAUUAGAUUCUAGAAUGGCAGCAAUGGACAUGGACCCUAAAGGCUUUAGUCCCAUGUCAGGACCUGAUGAUAAUAUGAGCUCACCUCCAAGUGUAUUAACUACAGCUUCUGCAGGAUCAACGCCAUCUUCCAUCCCAUCUGCUGGGUCUACACCGUCAUCCAUUCCAUCGGCGGGAUCAACUCCAUAUCAGUAUAAUACUCAAGAUGAUGUUGGGAUGAAACCUAUCACUCCAUCAUCAGACCACCAGCCAGUCACCCCAAUGACACCCGACCAGCCCAUAACUCCUGAUCAGCCAAUCACCCCUGAUCAGUCCGUUCCAUCUGAUCAACCUAUCACACCAGACCAGCAACCCCCACGUAGUCCAACAGUAUAUAUAGAUGGUAUGAAAGAUGAUAUGUACGAUGAGAAAAUGGACAUUAGUGUCAAUGCAGGCAACACACAUACACAUCCCAGUGGAAGCAGAGAAAGUGAACGUCGUGAUGAUUGUUCUUGUAUUCUUUGUGAGGACCAUAGAAGACAUGCAAAUGAUCAACAGCCUGGAAAUGAAAGUGAUUCAGUGCUUGAUGGAAGUGUUAAGGAUAGGUACAGUGGUGAAAUAAAAGUGAAGUCCAAAAGAAGCAAGGAUCCAAAUGCCCAGCGUAAACCUCGUAAACGUAAACAGUCUGGGAAAAUGCACUACCAAAGUGAAAUAUCUCAAGACUCAGAAGUGACUGGUAUAAGAAUGAAAAUUAAAAUGACCCUCCCUCCAAUUAAAGACAACAGUUCGCGUGCUGUUGCUGAUGUACCUAUGGCAAAUCGAACUCCAAGUGUUAAUUCUAGUCCAAGUGAAAAAGGGUCUGGAAAAAGAAAAAGUUCCCAGGGCAGUGACAGUGAAAAUUUAAAAUCAGGAGAGGGAAGAAAACGAAGAAAAGCAACAGAAUUUAUUGAAUGGGGCCCAGUAUUAAGUGAAGUGAAUGGUGAACCACAGUCACCGUGGGCUUGGAAAAUACCACCGAACAUCUUAUUAGAAAUCUUAGAUAUGGCCACUCACAGUGUGGGAGCAAUUCCAUUUCUUUUGAGAACAUCUAGAGUGUGCAGAUUGUGGCGACAAGUUUCUACAGACUCACAAUUGUGGCACACUGCUGACCUAGCUACUGGACGUAUAAAACCUCGGUAUCGCAAUGAAAAGAAGCUCCUUUGGCUUUUAGAACAUAGGCUCAGUGCUGUGCAUGAUCUUACUCUAGCUGGGUGGAAUGAGGCUGUGACACCGCAUCUCUUGCCAAGGCUAGUGCAGUUGUGUCCCAAACUCACUGGCCUCAACCUUUCUUACUGCCAUAAAAUCCAUUCAGAAAACCUUCACACCCACCUUGCCACCUGUGACAAACUUCAGCGCCUUGACCUUACUAAUGUUAUGGCGUCUCAUAAGCCAACUCCUCGGUGUGCUGUGGGUCAACAAACAUUGUCAGACUUAGCAUCAACAAUGAAAGAUAGACUGACUCAUCUCACCUUGGCAAACAAUACUCUGUCCAACAUGCCAUCAUUAAUAAAGUCAUUAUCAGAUAAUUGCCCCAAUCUCCAAACAUUGGAUUUAUCAAAUGUGAUGACGGUGGGCCGUGAUUGUGUGUUAAUCAACAUCGAAAGGUUACAGACAGGAUGCACAAAGAUGAAGAAUUUGAGACUUACCAACUCUCUUGUUAGACUUAGCCAGACAUCCUUACAGGAACAGGCAUCAUCUCCAGGGUUCCCAGAAUUAGAGGAGCUCAGUUUAGCUGUGGAUGGUAAUUUAAGUGUUGGGAUGAAUGAUAGUGAAUUAGAACGAGUUCUCAAGAAUUCUCACAAACUUCGUCUGCUUGAUGUCAGAGGGUGUAUGAAUAUUACAGAUUCAUCUUUGGUUCGCAUUCCACCAUGGGAGUUGGAGCAUUUGUUUUUAGCAGGUUCUACAUCUCCCAAGAGUUACUCAGAUCGGUUAGAGUUGGUAGUACGCAAAUGGCAACACUCACUGGUAGAACUGGACCUGUCCUGGACUGCCAAUGCUGAUAGUAUUGAUGCUGCUCUUAUGGCUAUAUCAGAAGAAUCAGAUAACAAACUCAGGUACCUGAACAUGUGUGGGUCCUCAGUAACAUUCAAAUCUAUUCGGCGAGUAUUAGAUAGAUGUAGUCAUCUAGUGAACCUUAACCUAACCUCCUGCCGGGCACUGCCAAGAGGAGUAAAACGAUUUCAUGAGGCACCUCAACUGGUCACCCUUCGAGCAGAUAUUGCAAAUGGCAAAUUUGAUGAGGCCCCGGAUGAUGAUGAUGAUGAUUAGGCCACUUUGGAGCGUGCUUUAGGAGAGCCAAAUUCGAAAUGACCAGCUCAUGUGCCCAGUACAAAGCAAAUAUAUUUUGCCCCCAACAAGUGACUGUGAGGAAACUCCUGUUUACAAGGAAUGUCCUACAUGUCUGGUGAAUGUAAUUUGGCGUCUCAGAUUGGAUUAUGCAGUUGGGGUCAUUUCAAUAUUUUCAUGAAGUUUUGCCACAAAAUAUGGUAACAUAUAUUGUUUUGUAAAUGUUUACAAACUGUUAAGGGUGGGUGGGGAGGUGUUAUAUUUAGAAUGUGCAUAAGCUCCCAGGAUGUAGGUCCCUAUUCAGCAGAUUGCCUCAGGUUAAGCACUACUCUCUAGAUGUCCUCCAAACAUACUAGGUCGUCUGUGUCUCAAGUAACUUAUCCUUGCCGAGUGCUGACAUUAGCUUGCUGCUGUUGUAUUCAUGUAUUCUGCAAGAGAUAACCGAGUUUGAUUGCAACAGUGUUUUGUGUGUUGUUGUGACAUCGUGAGUGCACUGUUUGCUCUGAAUGCAUCUUCUAAAUUGGCUUGUAGUUACUCUUGUUAAGUCUGUGUUUUUUGUCCUACCACCAAGUCCUCCAGAGGUAAUAUUAUUCCUAGAUUAAUAUUAUCCUGCCAGUGUUAAUAUUAUUUUGCCAGUCUUUAUAUAUACCCAACAGGAGUCACUUUACCUAGGAAGUACCUUAUUUUGAUCCCAGUCUGCAUUGUCCUGUUAGAACUAAUGCUCUUUGUGUGAAUCCAUAUUAUCCCAGUGGAGCAAUUGGAUUUCAUAUUAUUCUGCAGAGAAUAGAGAAUACCAUUGUGUCGGUAUGAUCCCAGUGGGAUGAGUACUGCCAAAAAUAAUGCUACUGGAUCAAUGCUGACAUAAUUUUGCAAAUAGUAAUAUAAUCUAGAUGGUUUUACAAUGAACCGUCUGGUGUUAGUGUCCUGCCUUGAAGUUUUAUUUUUAUUUUUUUAUCUUUUAUUAGCUUCUUAUGUUAUGAACUUGAUGGCAGUUGGGAGACAAAAUUGUGACUCAGUGCUUCAUUGAUUGUAAUCAGUUCCUUUGAUAAUUACUCUGUUCAUGAAACAGAUGCUUAAUUAUUCCAUAUACUAAAGCAUGUAUAGUAAUGGUAUUUGGAAAAGUUGUAAUUUCAGUGAUCAUGAUUAUAGUAUUGAAGCAUAAAAUAGUAUGGAUUUUGUAUCUUAACUUAGCACAGGUUUAAAGUUUGUAAAGUUAAAUCUUUCUUCUUUUUAAUAAUGUCCAGUGCCGUUCCAUAGCAGAUGUAUUAUUUUUAAACUGACAGAUUUUUCUAUAUGAAAAGCAUAUCCCGUUUUCAUUCUUGAUGAAGGCCUGUAAUGUACAUUUAAGAGUGAAAAUUUUCUGUUAUGUUGCAGUGUUUGAUAUAUAUUGUACAGACUAUUGAAAUUACAUGUGCAAAUGACAUGGAACAUGACUUUUAAGAAAAUGUAUAUGUGCAGCUUGAUGAGUCAUACUGUAUACUUAUCAUGGUCAUCUCCUACUGUGUAGUGACAUAGAGACAUCCCUCUAAUGUCUUCUUCAGCUGUAGGCUACUGCAGUUAUAACAUAUUAAGAUGAACUCCCAAGACAUUUUAUUAUUGUAUAGUUUUCCUUCUAACUGGUAAAGCAGUUAUCUUUGUUAUUUACCAAGUGUUUGGAAAUUAAACAAAUUAUUUUUUAGAAUUUUACUUAUUAUAUUUUAAUUACAAUCAUUGCAGUACAGUUUAAUUAAUUACUGUAUAAUAUUUGUAAUUAUAAAAUUAUAUUUUAUUAUAUUUACAUAAUUAUGUACACUGUAUAUAUUAUUUCUUUAACAUAAAUUUACAUAGCAAAGAAUAUAGUAGAUAGCAAAGGUUAUGAUGCCUCAUACCAGUUUUAAGUAGUUUAUCCUAUAACAAUUAAAAAUUGAAGUCACUAAACUAAUUGGCUCUCUUGUUUUGUUGUGUUUCAAGAACAUUAUAUCCUCUUGUGAGAGAAACUUUUAUAUGAGAUGCAGUGCCAUUGGAACCUUAAGGUGAAUUCAUACUUUGCACAAAACCAUCUUUACGUCCUUUUCCAGGACAUACGUAAAAUGUUGUGCCUUCCUGAGUCCAUGGCUAAGCAAAUAUUUAAUGUCCAAAUUCUAUGUUAGCCUUGAAUGCAUUUAGAAAUUAACCGGCAAGUAUUUGUAGCACAAAUUGUCUUCCUGUUCCAUCAGACGAGGUGUUGAACCAAACUACCCAAACUUAUACUAAUGGCAACCUGAGAAUUUGGACCAUGAAUUUCAUAAAGCAUUGACUGCUCUUUGUUAUAUAACUUGUAUUACAAUUUUUUAUAAAACAAUAAGGUCUAAAUAAUUCAUAAUUGAUGUUGCAUUUAAUGCUUGUGAUGUUUUUGAGUGUACAAAUGAUAUGAAUUCAUCUUUUUCAGCUUCACCAUUUUCACUUGGAAUAGGCCUGCUGCAUUGAACUAGAGUCAGGAAGCUUAAUUAAAAUUGUAAUUUUGUCAGAGAAUAUUUUAUAGAUCAUUACCUAACCAAUGUUCUCAUGCAUGUUCAGAAGGAAAGCAAGAUAUUUUAUAAUUAAAGUGCUUUUAACCAUUUUUUUUUUUUUUUUUUUUUUUUUUUUUGAAAUUGUGGGAAUAUAUGAACAUUCUGUAGGCAUCAUAUAGUUAACAAUGAAGUGAAAAGAAGCAAGGAAAGAGUGCUUAUAAUUACAGUGUUGUCAGUUGUGAGAUAUCCAGCAAGUGUACUGAUCUGCCUGCUCCUGAGGCUUCAGAGAAUGUAACAAAAUUGACUUUUCCUAUUUGUGAAAAUGGUAUAUAUGAGCUGGAAAAAUUACACUGCCUAUAACCUAUUAUAUCAACAACCGAGAAAGGUUAAUAAUUGGUUGGCAUAUUAUAUAUUUAAAUUUAUGCCCUGAGAUUUUAUGGUGACAAUUUUAAGGUCCUAUAAAUUUUACAAUCAUUCUGACAAGAGAUGCAUUCAUAAUAAUUUUGUAAUGUAUUAUAUUCAAGAUGAGCUUUUUUACCAAAUUGAAAAGGUGACUUAUUUAAACAUGUACUUCAGGCUAACUGUAUCUACUAAAUCAAUUUGCUUAUUCAUAGUUUGUAUUGAAAUAAUAUAUGUGCUGGUAAAACCAAAUAAAGUCAUUCCCAGUAGACACCAUCAUAUGUACAAUUAUGAUGUACACUGUCUUGCUAAUUAUUAUUAUUAUUUUUUAUUUAUUUAUUUUUUUAAAGGCUAUGUUAAUGUAUCUUGAAAGGGUUAAGAACUUAAUGAAGAUUUGUCAAAUUUUCUGGACAUGUUAAGGAUUCUAGUAUUUGUGAACCUUGUGCCCGUUAUAAUGGACUGCAGUUGUGGCAUUUAUCAUAACAACAUGUUUAAACAUUUCAUUUUGAGAGGGAAAACAGUUAUGUUAUCCUAUAACUUUUAUUCAAUUUGUUGAAUAAUAAUUGCAGACUGUUAUCACAACCCAUUUGUCAUACUGUGCUUUAGUUUCAUUCUUUGAAAAUUUAUUCAACUGUCUCUUAAUUUCCAUUGACAUAUCUUGGUAACAAGGCUUUUCAUUAUACUGUAUUUAAUAAUUUAGCAAUAUUAUACAUUUUAUAUUAAAUUUUAAAUUGUG